AUGGUCAGCUGUGGUCCAGACAAGAUGGAAAAGCAACAAUCGACUUCUCAUGGCGCACCAGAUCUCGACAUGCUCAAAGUUGAGCCCGUCCCUGCUGUCCGUGAUGUCGAUUUCGGCGAGGUCCUGGAGACCACAUCCACACCGGAGUUGGAACGAAAAGUUCUCUGGAAGCUAGAUCUCUAUUUAAUCCCACUGAUGGGGUUCUGUUAUAUGCUACAGUACAUGGACAAGCUAGCCCUGAGCCAGGCGACACUAUUCAAUCUAGCAGAAGACUUGAACCUCCAAGGCACGCAAUAUAACUGGUCUUCCGCCGUCUUCUACUUUGGUUACUUCGCCUGGAGCUGGCCUAGUGGAUAUUUGAUUGUUCGACUCCCAAUGGGGAAAUACUUGGGCAUGGCAGUCUUUGUUUGGGGUGGUGUACUGAUGUGUCAUGCGGCAUGCACCAACUUUGGCGGGCUGAUGGCGGCACGCUUCUUCCUCGGAGUCGGCGAGGCAUCUAUCGCCCCCGGAUUCGCCCUGAUCACCGGAAUGUUCUAUAAACGCGAGGAACAACCUGCACGGCAAGCAGCCUGGUUCAUUGGAAACUCGAUCGCCACGGUGGUCGGAGGUCUAGUCGGAUAUGGCAUUGGAUUGAUCCACAACGACUCCGUGACCAGCUGGCAGCUGCUGUUUCUCGUGCUCGGAGCGAUAACGGCCGGGUACGGGUUCAUUCUCAUUGCAUUCCUCCCCGACUCGCCUGCCAAGAGCAUCUUUCUCAACAAGACCGAAAGGGCCAUUGCCAUCCAGCGGACCUUGAGUAAUAAGACAGGUGUCAUGGACACAGGGAAAUUUAGAUGGGGUCAGGUGUGGAUGGCCAUCAAGGAUCCUCAGACAUGGUUCCUGGUCCUGUAUACGCUGUGCGUGAACUUUUGCAAUGGCGGAAUCACAAGCUUCUCCUCCAUCAUCAUCAAUGGAUUUGGGUUCUCAAAGCUUCGGUCUCUCAUCAUCCAGAUGCCCAUCGGCGCCGCACAGCUGGUCUUUCUGAUCUUGACCUCGGGGUUUGCGACGUUGGUCCACCAAACGCGUAUCUUAAUGAUGAUUGUCAACACGACUACAUCGAUGAUUGGUAUGAUUUUGAUCUGGAAGCUUGACCAUGAUAACCAGGCGGGCAAGAUGGCCGGGUUGUGUUUGGGCGCUGUCUUCGCAGCCAACAUCCCCUUGUCCCUCAGUAUUAUUAGUUCGAACGUGGCUGGGUUCACGAAAAAGAGCACCGUCAGUGCCCUCAUGUUUGUGGCCUACUGCGUUGGAAAUAUUGUCGGACCACAAUUCUUUCUGCCUCAGGAGAAGCCAGACUACCCCACUGGGAUCAAAGCAGCAAUGUCGGGACUCAUUUUUGGCAUCUUCUUCUUGAUCUGUCUGUACCUCUACUACGUGUAUGAGAAUCGCCGACGCGAUCGACUCUAUGGUUCGCCGAGGGAGUUGACUGAAGCGGAGGAGUUGCAGGAUGAAUUCUCCAACAGAACAGACCACGAGAUCGAGAGCUUCCGCUACGUUCUCUGA